CUUCCUCCUUCCUACAAAUUUCUUUUCAUUUCUUGUUUUGGAGAAAGUAUGAGAAAGAGAGACCUUGACAUCUUGCCUGAAACAAAAAGCGGUAUCUCCGAUCCUGACGUUUUACACUCAAAACCUCUAGUAUACUUAAGAGUUUAUCCAUGGCUUCUUCUUGGGUGUUCAAAUCAUCAGCUGAGUCUGAUGCAACAUGGGAGGGACUACUGCCACCGGAUUAUGAAGAUAUUCCCUCCAAGGUUCCUCCAGUAGCAUUUUUCCGGUCGAAGAAAGAGAUCUAUGAUCAUUUAUCCAAUGGUGUACCCAUUGGCUGUGGCAACACGUUCUUCUCACUGGAGAAAUCCACUGGUAAGAAAUGCUACAUGUUGGGUGCAAGACAUUGCAUGGGGAGCAGACCAGAGGUAUUGGAUGGAAAUUCAUACCAGAAUCAAGGUGAUCAGUUCAGGCUACGUUGGUUUGGGGUGGAAAAUCGAAUGGGAGUAAACUUUACACCCCGGUUUGAUUUUAUUGGCAUUUGAUAAACAUGUAAUUUAGAUUUACAUCCAUAAUCGAUGUA